UUCCUUCGGUCUUUGACAAAUCUGUUGUUGUUGUAAUAAAAAUAUGGUAUAACUUUGACGUUAAAAUCAUGUAUAAUUUUAUCGAUAUUAGUUAUAGAAGCAGAUAUUUUUUAGUUUGCCAAAAAAUACAUCCGAGGAAAACCUAAGUGAUAAGGUUGCAUACGUAUUUCACGUGCCAUGCGGUUGUGAUUAUAGCCUAACGGAAGUAUCAAUAUGUUCGAAGGCGUUGUAGCAUCGUUAUUCAAUCGAUACCUGGGUAAAUAUGUCGAAGAUUUAGAUUUGGAGAAUCUAAACGUAGGCAUAUUCAGCGGUAAUGUGGUGUUGGAAAAUUUGAAACUCAAACCGGAAGCAUUAUACGAAUUAGGCCUACCGAUUGUCGUCAAAGUUGGAACUAUCGGUAAAUUAUCGUUGAAUAUACCGUGGAAUCGUUUAUGUAAUCAAACUUCAGUUAUAACGAUCGAAGAAGUAUUCAUUCUAGCUUGCCCAGUCACUAUUGGUAAAUACCAACCGGAUGUUGAAAAGAGAUUAUUACGAGCAGAAAAACGAAGAGCUUUGGAUAAACUAGAUGCCAAUUUGUCGUCGCCUUUAUCGAACGGUUGUUCGCCGGAUAAUUUCGCCGAAACUUUGGUCACCAGUAUAUUGAAUAAUUUGAAGAUUUACAUUCAUAAUGUACACUUCAGAUACGAAGAUACCUAUACGGAUAUCAAUAUGCCUAUCUCUUUUGGGCUCUGUAUGCAUAAUUUUUCGGUCGAAACCACGAACAGUAAAUGGAAACCUAUAUCUCACGGUUCGAAGUUGGGAUCAGUGUAUCAAGUUGUGAAAUUAGAAUCGUUUUCGAUCUAUUGUAAUGUAAACAGUACGGAAAUACUUUUGAAUAAUGAAACAAUGAUGUCAGGACCGAAUAAUAAUUGGAUUAAUUGUAUGAGAAGAUCGUUAGAAACGUUUAGUAUAUUUGGAGAAGCCUUGGAUUUCAUCAUUAAACCGAUAUCAGUGCGGAUAAAGAUAAUAAUAAAUAAAUCAAACGAAGCCAGAAUUCCAAAACUAUUGGUAGACUUUGUACUUCAAGAUGCCGCGUUGCAGUUAUCGCAUCAGCAGUAUUUGGCACUAGUUCAACUAUCCAAAUCGUUCGCUAGAAUUUCAGUAAAUAGGUUGUAUCGUAAAUUUCAUCCUCAAGUUCCAGUUGCUAAAAAUGCCAAAAAAUGGUGGAAAUAUGCUUACGAUUGCGUUGUAAGCGAACGAAUCGAACCGUAUACUUGGCCUCAUUUGUUUUCCCAUAGAAAAAAUUAUCGUUCGUAUUGUCAUAUUUAUCGAAGCAUAUUGACGGAUCCUUCCGAUACAGAGAUAAAGAUAGAUUUACAGCGAGCCGAAGACAUGUUGGAUAUUUGUAAUAUCAUUAUUGCCAGAGAGCACACCAAAAUGCAGUUUCGCAAAAAUUUCCCAGACAAAAUCGUAUUGAAGGAACAGCCAUCGACGUGGUGGAAAUGGAAUUCCGACCAUCCGGAUCAAAAACGAUACAAGUUGAGCAUGAACGACAAGAAAAACAGUUUCUGGAACCUAUUAUCGCAAAAUGAAAAGAACAGCUUAUGCGAAAUGAUCGGCUUUAAUGAAACAGAAAUAGCUCCUGACAAACCUAAACAAUACAUCGAACGCAAGUUUAAUUUUACAAUAGCCAACUUGAAUUUAUCUUUGGUUAGCGGUGGCAGUGAAACUUUGGUGAUCGCUAUGUCUCAUUUAUUAUCCAGUAUCGAAACCAGACCUUCUGCGAAAGCGUAUAAAAUCACAGCUCGUGUAGAAAGCUUGGUAAUCGAAGGGGCUUCCGUCGAAUACAGUCUUAUACCUAUUUUAACUUCGGAAAAUGUCCUCAAUGGGAAUCAUUCGGGUAAUUUUUUGAUAGUAGAUUUUGAGAAAAAUCCUCUGAACAGCGAUGUCGACUAUUUAUUAUCUAUUACUUCCGAAUCUUUGGAGAUUGUUUACCACGAAUUUGCUAUGUCUUCAUUCGCGAGCUUCCUACAAACUCCAACGUUGAGUAUGGAAUCAGCUACCGCAACCAUCUGGAGCGAGUUUAAGAGAAUCGUGAAUUCAAUGGCUUCGGGUACGGUUUCUAGAAGAUGUAUUUUCCAAGUAAACGUUGAUAUGAAGUUACCUCAUUUCAUCAUUCCCGAAUACGGAUCGCUUCAAAAGAAUGGUAAAAUCAUCAUAUUCGAUCUGGGUCGAUUGAAAAUCUGGAGUGAUUUGCAACUUCCUGAUAACAGUUUAGAAGACGCUACGCAGCUGGAACUGGAAGAAAAACUAUACGACAGAUUUUACUUCAGUUUGAUCGAUUUCCAGAUAUUGAUGUUUGAUAAUGAUCAAGAGUGGCGUAAUUUUAAGAAAAUUCAUACCUCGCAGUAUCACAUCCUAUCGAAAAUACAUUCUCAAAUUGUAUUUUCCAAUAGUAUCAAACCAGAAAGUAAACAGUUACCUAGAUAUAAGUUGAACGUAUCUCUUCAGAAGCUCAAAAUCAACAUGUCUGAUAGUAGGAUCGUCAGUUUAAUAAAUUUCAUGAAUAAUGUGCCGUCCCCAAAAAGCCACACGGUGCUUCAUUUAUCCGAACAAUUUUCUUUCGAUAACAUUAAACUUCAAGACAGUUUGAAAGUCUUGGAAAAAAUUCAACACUUGAUAGCUUGCUCCGAGUUACGAACUCAGCUACUCAACACUCACACAAAUAAAGAAGAAUUGAAAAAAUCAUUUCUCACUGUAGAAAAGAGUGGAUUGUCAUCGGAGGUUAGCGAUGAAGACUCGGAGAUUUGGGCUAGAAUAUUGGAUUUACCAGGGUUCGAUGAUAACGUAUCGCAGAACAACGUUAUCAUCUAUUUAUUUAGAAUUAACAUUGUCCAAAUUAUUAUCGAGCUAAAACGUAGCAGUAGUAGUGUCGACAAACCGUACAUAAUUCUUCAUUUGGUGAAUUUCUGUUGCGAUACCGCUUUCAUGGAGUACGGACCGGCUGUGCAGGUUUCUUUGGGAUCAAUUAGUAUUGUUGACAAGUUACAUUGCUCAGUGAAUUCGAACCAGACGCAGAUACUCUCCACUAAUGGGAAACCUGAUGUUAUUUCAAUUCUGUAUAGGAAGGUGAGAUCCGAUUGUCCAGAUUUCAAAUCUCAUUUCCACAGUGUUGAGCAAUCGCUGGUGAUUGAAAUUAAUACCGUUCACGUGGUAUUUCAUAAAGAAGCCUUGGUCGAUUUGUAUAGAUAUUUGCAGUAUUUUUCUAACAAAUUCAAGAAUCGCAGCUUUGCAAAUACCAGCGUGUGGGUUCGUGAUACUGUUAAAGAACUAUACAAGAAACGAUUAAAAACACCAGAUCCUCCGAUUCCUGCCGGAGCGACCAAAUUUAGUUACUCGACUAGGAUAUCCGACGUUAAAUUCCAACUUUGUGAUACGGAAAUCGAUUUUCUACUUAUUAGGGUAGCCGGAUUCGAAUUAGAUUGUAUGUUUAAAACUGACGAAAGGCUCAUAUUUCGAGCUUAUCUGAUGACUUUUACUAUCGAUGAUAUUUCUAAUACGUCUUUAUAUCCGAAAAUUUUAAGCGUAGAAGAAGAAAAAUUAAUGGAGAUAAAAUAUGUUCGUCGAAGUCGUCGUUUAUCCAAGACCAAUAUUGAAACUAAUGCUGAUGAUAUCAAGUCUGAUGGUGUUUUCAAGUUCCAUUUCAGUAGGAUCCAUGUAGUAGUUAUGUUCAAGUUGAUUUAUGACAUUCAAAAAUUCUUCAGCCCUUUCGUACCAGCCAAAUGUUUCAGAAAAGUAGGCAAUUUUCUGGAAAAAAGUAUCGAACGGUUUUUGGCCAGUCUCAGAUUUUCUACCGACAAAAUUCACGUCUCGGUUGAUUUCCAAUUACCAACGUUUUUGUUACCACAGCAAGCAUCGUCUCCGAACUUAAUUAUAUUUAAUGCCGGAGACCUGACUGUAGAAAAUUUUUUCAAAGAAUUAGCCACCGAAGAAGAAAAUAAAACGCCACCGGUCAUAGAUAACGCUUUGAUUAAAUUAGAUUCGGUUAUAAUUUCCAGAGCUAUAGUUAAUUUCAACGGCUCAAUUAUCGUUCAAGAAACUAUAAUGGGACCAGUAUGCUGUAAAACAGACACGAAAAGAUUACUUCUGAACAGCACUGCUGUCAACGAAUAUGAUUCUUUAUCUAUGUUCGACAUAAAUACCACUAUCGAUAUGAUAACCAUUAACUUGGGCCAAAAAGAUUUCAGUACUUUGAAUCUCAUAUGGAUAGAUAGUAUUCUGAAAAUAUUAGCUUUUUGGAAUUUACCCAAGGAUAAACUUGUCAAUUCAUGCGCCAACGAAGAAGUAAACGUUCGUAAAUUGGAAGCAUUUUUCUAUCAAGUCGAAAGUAACCGGAAACAGGUCACUUUGCACGUGAAUUUCGAAGGUCUUCUGUUAUGUUUAUACAACGACAUCGACGAGGUUCUAAGUUCACCAGUUCGAGACGAAAAUCGUUCCCUAUGCAAGUUUAAAAUCGGCGAAACCGCUAUCAACGGAGUAAUAUACGCGAAUGGAAAAACAGAGCAUCAGUUAUCGGUGCAAAGUUUAUUACUCGAGGACACCAGGGUCAACAACACCGCUUGUAUCAAAAGAAUCUUCCAAUCGUACGGCGCAACUUACACGCAAUCGAAUAAUGAAAACGUGUGCAUUACGGUGCCUCCGGUCAUAUCGAUCAUGUUGAAUAAAAAUCAACUCGGCGAGAGUCACUGUAACGUGUUGAUUGAUCACACGAGGUUAAAUUUAGGAGUUUCGUUUCUCAUGGAAUUGUUCAGGUUUUUCAUCGAAGCGACUCCUUACGAUCAAGAUAAUGCCGCUGCAGCGACGACGACAACGGCGCCAGUGACGAAUAAUGGAGGUGUAGUUAAUUACGGAUACUCGGAAAAUUGUGAGGCGAAAAAUGGAUUCAACCUGAACCGUCGUCGAACUUCAAACGAUCCUGGAGACGAUACCGGUGGUCUUUCUUUAUCGAUAACUUGUCGAAAACCAGAAAUUAUGCUAUUUUCACAACUGGAAGAUUACGGUAAAAGUCACGCUUUACUGUUAAGAGCUGAUUUAUCCAUGGAGUACGUUCGUCAUCCUACCAAUGUCAGUUUUACUUUCAAUGUAUCCGAUUUGCAUAUGUUAUCCAAGUUGCAAUCUACUUUGAUAAAGACGUCUUCUAAUGUGGUGUUACAACCUUGUAACAUUGAAAUCUCCAAGAACUGGGCGGCAGUUAAUGAAGAAACCAAGAUAUCGAUUAGUUGCGAUAAAGUCAACCUGCACAUUUCAGCCAGCACAGUGCAUACAAUUUUGAACAUUAUUCGAGAAGUAGAUUCGUACUUCUUCACAGAACCUACAAUGAAUAAAUGUGAAACACCGGAUAAUUUUUACCAAGAUUGCGACGAUUUAUGGUCGGCAAAAAAAAUAACUCCGUAUUGUCUUCCUCAAAAACAAGAGACCACUAACGAGCAGCUACCUACUUACGUUAUCUCCGAAAUAAUGAUAUUGUCCAUUCCUAGUGUGAAAAUAAUGUUCGAAAUCGAAGACGUGGUGCAAAAGAAACCGGUUCUUUUGCUCAAAUUGAGAGCUGAAGCAAAGCUGAAAAAUUGGUCCAAUUCUUUGGAAAUGAAAGGCGACAUCAGUAUGCAAUGUUCGUAUUAUAAUUUCAAAGUCAAUGCUUGGGAGCCUAUUUUAGAACCUUGUGUGAAAACUGAAAAUAUUUACAGACCUUGGGAAAUAACAAUUAAAGCUUUUAAAUCGAAAUCAUACCCGAUAUCGAUCAUCUUGAGCCACAAUAAAACUCAUCGAAAUUCCAUUUCCAAAAAGAAGACGAGCGUUAGUUCAACAAAGGAAUCAGUCAGAAGUAAUCUCGACUCGGAAACUUCAGCAGGCGAAGAUGACUGCGGCAGUAUCAGAAGUGUGAAAAAAACUAAAAUGCAUGCGGACAGAACUGAACGUAAUUUCACCGACUCUGGAAGCGAUUCUGAAAACGAAGAUACGAUUAUGGAGAAAUUAAAGACUAGAUUUGGACAAUUGUUGAUCGGAGAAAGCAGUGACGAAAACACUGAUACAGAUUCAGAUAUAAGUUUGAACGAACAAUCUUUCAACAAUAAUAGUGACGAUAACACAGAUGAAGAUACCAUGAGUCACUUGACAAAUAAUUCCUUCCUGUUGGAAAAAAGAGCUGUCUUCAUUACUAAACAAAGAGAAUCUGAUACUGGUUUGGAAUCUGCUAAUUAUGAUAAAUCAGCUACUUAUAUUAUACUUGAGACUCAAGAACGUUUUGAAAUGGUGAUCACGCCGAGUACGAUAUCAGUGAUUAAGCAAAUUUUGGAUUCAUUUUCAUUGAAGUUUAAUAAUAUUCUGACGACCGAUACUCAAAUUUUAUCACUUAAGAACGAUAUUGCUCCUCAUUCUACGGUUAUUUUGCAAUCGAAAUCGACGGUUGGUCCGAUGAAAAUACUCAUGUGUGCUAGUUAUAGUCUUUCUGAAUCAUCUCCAAGUAGUCCUGGAUCAACAAUAGGUUCUCCUUGUAACGUCGAAAGUCCAACAGACCUAGAAUUCCAAUCAGGAAUCGAAAACUUCGAGGGUGGUUUCGCUUCAGACGCGUAUUCCAAAACAGACUCAGCCAAACGAAAAUCCGACGGAGACAUUUUACUUAACGCUUUACAGUUUCCUAGAAUGUCAGUUGACAUUUUAUACUCCAAAGUUAUGGAUCGACAGCUUUACGUAACUGUGAACGGUUUUGAAGAUUUAACGGUAAUUUGUCCUACCAAAACGACCAAUAAAUACCACGCUUUGCAACCUGCGAAAAAUAAUACUCGUUAUUACGUGGUGGUUUCUGUACAAAAUGAUCUUUGGGGCCAGUCCAUAACUGUUCGGUCUCCUUUACAGAUGAAGAACGAGACUUGUUUCCCAUUGGCAUUAUACUAUAAAAAGAACGCUUUAGAUAACACCGGAUUCGAUCAAAUCGGCGAAUUGACUAAUCCGUUUGAAGAUUCUUUUAAAUUCGCUAUAUUAGAACCUGAUGAAGUUUACAACAUGCCUUUAAUGAUCACCUACCAUUGCGCCGUAUAUGUUUUACCUAUUUACGAAGAAUACCACCUCAGCGAGACUGGUUUAUGGUGGAAAGAACUAGCCAAUGAUAUUAGCACUCCGAAGGAUGUUAUUUGUCAGCCAAAAAAUGAAAAAUCUCCUGUUUUCGCCAUUCGAGCAAUUACUUCGGAAGGAGUACAUUUCUCAAAUCCUUGCUCGAGAACGUUGCCAAAUUUCAUGAUAAGUUUGAUACCCUCCGUAUUCGUAUUUAAUUUACUACCGUGUGCGUUUCAAAUCAAAAUACCCUCAGCUGAAUUCAAUAUCCGAAUCGAAGCUGGAGGCAAAGCCAGUAUUUAUUCGUUGGAUAUGAAUACUCGACAUGCUGUCUCUUUCGAGGUUCCGAUGUAUUUUGGAAUCUCGUGGACCGGUACUUUCCAUAUGUAUAAUAAAAUGGAAGAAAAAACGUUAUCUAUGACAACCGAUCAAGAUACCGACGGAGGUAAUAAGCAUUUAACGCUGAAUGUUCGCGUAGAUAAAGCUGAAUCUUACAAUGUGAUGGUCUAUUCUCCGUAUUGGAUCGUUAACAAGACCGGAUUACCUCUUCAGCUGAAAGGAUCGUCUUCCGAUGUAGUAUAUGAAACUUUGGUCGAAGAACCGUUGUUUUUCGCGUUUCGUAAAACGCAAAAGAGAAAUAUUCGUUUAAGAGUUUACCAGUCUUCGUGGUCUUCGGCUUUCUCUAUCGAUACAGCUGGUUGUUCUGGAUUAAUUACUUGCAGGGAUCGAGAACGAAAUAGGAGUUAUUAUAUUCUAGUCGAGAUAACAUUAUCGCAGCUGAACCCUCAACUCACCAAAAUCGUUACUUUGUUACCUUAUUUUUUGAUCUCAAACGAAAGCAGAUUUGCCAUAAGGUAUAUGGAAGAAAAUGAACAGGCUGAUUUGUGGAUCGAUUUGCCCCAAAAUCAGACGAUACCUUUCUGGCCUGAAACCAAUACUAUGAAAAUGUACAUCAAGUACAGAGAUAGCUCAUUGGUCUCACAACAUUUUUAUAUUAAUCAAGCUUGUCAGACAGUCCUCAGGAUGGAUAAAGGAAGUGCCAUCGUUGUCGAUAUAGUUGGCGGUGAUAAUAAACCAUUCUUGAUCGCUUUUCAAGACUAUAAAAUUGGCGAUGCUCCUGUUCGGAUCGAUAAUUUCUGCGAAGAUUUAUUUUUGAAAGUAUCACAAGAGAAUUCUGGCCAAGUUACAUUAUUAAGCCCUUAUCAAUCGUUACUGUACACUUGGGAUGACCCUACCCUAGAAAGGAAGCUUCAAUGGAACGUGUAUAACAGAAAGAAUAAAGGAUUUAUGGCAAAUUUCAAAACUGAAGGAUACGGACAAGAAUACGUCAGUUUCAAACUAAUCAAACAACAAACCUUAAGUAACAGCAUUAAAACUAAUAAACUAUCCUCAAGUUUGAAAAAAUUCACUUCGAAAUAUACCGCAGAAAGCAGCAGCAGUGGAGAAGAAUCAGAACGAGAUGACAGUACCGAUGUAUCUCAAAUGAUUAAAACCCAUAAAGGCAAAGUCGUUGUGUAUUGGGUAAGUUACCUUGAAGGACCUCAACGUGUUCUUUUAUUCACCCAAGACGAGCAAGUUGCCUUCUAUGCGUACUCCAGGAUCGACUCCGAAAGAAGCAACGUCGAAUUGUUUUUAUCCAUCAAAGGAAUUGGAUUAUCAUUGGUGACCGAGCAAAAGAACGUUAGCCGGGAAUUAGCCUACAUUAGUGUGAACGAUUCAGCUUCAAUUUGGGAGGUCAACAUUGCCCAUAGUUGGAAAAUUCUUCCAUUAGAAUUAGCUACUUGGCUAGAACAUCAGUGGAGCCAAGGAAUCAAGAAAGCUCAGCUUAAAGAUUACGUUAAUGUGGACUUGGAUAAAAUGCAGCUUAUUAAACCAUUUUUUGGCGAAUUGAAAAGAACGUAUCAACCUGCGUUUUGGUUACACUGUCGAAAAUCUUUCAAUUAUUACUAUUUUCAAUGGAAAGUGCACAAGUUUCAGGUCGAUAAUCAAUUACCUAAUAGUGUUUUCCAGUCGGUUAUUUACCCAAAAAUUGUAUCGUACGAUGUGAUACGUAAAUAUGGUCUUAAACCUUGUCUCGAAGGCACGUUUAUCAAGAAAAGGAGCUCAGAUUACGAACGAGAUGUGUACAAGUAUAUAAAAUUCAUGGCGCUGGAAUUUUGCGUCCAAGUCGAUAAACAGUUCGUUUUAUCGGUGCACGAAUUGAUGCAACCUUGGUCACGUUCAGAAAGUUCUUCUUUAAGGAUCAGAGCUGAUAUUUGUAAAGUUCAUCAUCCUCUGGUUAUAAAAUUCCAUAAUAAUUACAAAAAUUUGAGAAAAACUGUCGUCGAGUAUCUAUACUUUUCGCCUAUCAAAAUACAAUUCAGUUUUACCUCCCAAAACGUUCAGCAUUUGCAAACAAAUUUCAGCAAUCAAACUUACGUUAAGGCCUGUCUUCAUUACGUUCUCAACUGUAUCAGUUGCGGUUACGUUGAUUUCAAAGGAGUAAAAUUAAAAUGCCCAUAUUUCGAAGAAUCCGGCACUGUUACUCACGUACCUUCAAAACUACGCGAAAUCCGGUAUCAUUAUUUUCAUAACUUGAUUAGACAGAUGUACUCUCAUAUUCUGGGCCCGGAUAGCGCAUGUAAUUCCAAUAACGAAGUCGAUUUGUGCGAAGAAUAUGUAGAAUUUUAUUACGAUUUAUCUUUGGGUUUUUUGAAAAAAGUUGACGAGUUCGCUGAAGCCAUCAGUGAAGCUGCAAGAUGCUUAUUAUCACAUAUCACCACCUCAUCGGUGAAUUCUACUUCAUCUUUGAUCAUGUGUGGUAAAAGAAUAUCGUUGGAUUUAGGAUUAAAUCCUGAAAUAAUUAAAAAAAAAAGCAUAACUCAACAAAUCAGUUUUGAAGAACCUGAAGAAGUAUUGAGAGGAGACAGUUGCUUUGAAAUUGGUGUCCUGUACGGCCUCUCUGGUGUUUUCAUGAAUAUUCCUAUCUGUAAUCAGCAAGAAGGAAUCGAGUUAUUUUUCAGAACUGCUGGUAAACAUCUGUUAAGGCUUUUGAAUAAAUACUCAAAUACUAUUUCAAGUAUGCCGGUUACAGCCAUCGACGGAAUCAAAAGAGCUGCAGAAACAGGCACUGAUAUAACAUUCAGAAGACGCUUGCCUAAAUAUAUUAAUCCUUUCGGUAUGAAACCAUUCUCAGUACACCAUGCUAUCGGUUUGAAUAUUCUUCAUUCGAUAAAUAAAGGCAUCUAUGCUGAAACAGACGAUUACUGGACACACGUUAUUUUAACGAAUGAUGGACGAUCGUGUCUUCUAAUUACAUUACAGCGUAUAUUUUUGAUCUCCAAAGUUCGAAUGUGGGACGAUUGGAAGAUCGAAUGGUGUAUCGGUGUGAAUGAUAUCAUAGAAGUACCCCAAGUUAUCGAUAGUAAAUUAAUGUUUAAAAUUCGACAGGAGGAAUCAGUGCACAAUUUGUUCACCGAUGAUAAGCUUAUUGAACACGAAGAUGUCAAUUUGUUGUUCUGGAUGCAGAAGAUGAUUGAGAUAGUAUUCAUCAUUAAUUUAGAAAAUAAACCAUGCUUUUUUGUCGAAUCUCAAGUGCUGAGAAAAUGAAGAUGAUGACGAUGAUUCCUGUUUUUUAAAAACGUUGAUUUUUCUUUUGAGACUUUUUGCGAACUAUUGUUGUACGUAUUUUACCAUAAUUAUUUUCCUUUUUAAGGUGAUAAUUUUCAUUUUUACCCCAUACGAAUUAAUAUUGUCUUAAUAAUAUUUAUGUUUUAAAGUUUAAAAGCAUGUUUUAUGUUUACCUAAAUGAGUUUCAUUAAAGUGAAAUUUUUAGCUA